AUGGAUGAAUAUUCUUAUCCUCUACCAAAUCACAUGCGUUCCACAUUGAAUUUUUCAAAAUUUAUUGAAGAUUCUGUUGAUGAAUAUUUAGAGGAUCCUAAUUUAAGUGUUUCAGAUAUGAUUGAAAAAUACGAUAUUCUUUUAACGAAUAAUGAUAAAAUUAAAAUGAAAAAAAAUUUACGUUGUGUUGUAUGUAAUGGAAGAGCAUUUGGAUAUAAUUUUGAUCAGAUAUCAUGUGAAAGUUGUAAAGCUUUUUUUCGACGAAAUGCGUUACGAGAUAUAAGUGAAUUACAUUGCAGGUUUUCUGGCAAUUGUAAUAUUACAGUAGAAACUCGACGACAUUGUUCAUAUUGUCGAAUAAAAAAAUGUUUUGCUCUUGGUAUGAGAAAAGAAUCAAUACGAACUGAAGAAGAAAAAUUUAUGAAACGUCUGCAAUUAGAUAAAAAUCGUCGUCAUAAAUAUUCUCAAAAAACAAUUGAAAUUCCAGCAUUAAUGACAAUUGGAAAUUCAAAUAUUCUAAUGAUAUUAAAUCCAAUUGAUCGAACACGUCUUAAUAAUAUAACACAUUGUUAUGAUCAAUUUACUGGUGAACCUAGUUCAAUAACAUAUCAUCCACCAUCAAAUGCUCUUUUCUUACGUCUUGAUGAAUUUUUUAAUCGUAAAAAACAAAUUUUUGUUUAUUUAAUAUCAUAUUUUAAACAUUUACCAGAACUACAAACUUUAAAUGUUGAUGAUCAAGUUUUAUUAAUUAAACAAAAUAUUCGUCUUCUAAUACCAUUAAAUUAUGCUAUACUGAAAACACCUGUAAAUUCAAAAUUUCGUGGUGCACGUAUUCAAACAAUUGGUUGUAUUAAUAAUAUUAAUUUACAUGAAAUAUAUUUAUCAUUAUCAAAUUCUUUUGUUGAAUUUGUUAGAUAUGAUCCAAUUAUGAUUAAAUUAUUAAUUAUUAUUCUAUUUUUUACAACUAAUCCUUUAACAACAAGAUCUAUAUAUGAUCAAGGAGAAUAUAAACAAUUAAAUAAUAUAAAACAGAUUCAAUCAUCAUAUAUUGAAUUAUUAUGGUUAUAUAUGAUUGAAAAAUAUGGUGAACAAAAUGCAGUACAUUUAUUUACAAAAAUGAUCACGAAAUAUUUAUAUCUUCAACUUAUGAUUGAUAGUAUGGAUUCAAUUGUACGAGUAAAUAAUGAUAUACAUAAUAUUGAUUCAUUGAUGCAAUCAUUUUUACAAUUAACAUGA